UGCUACGUCAAAGGUUGCACUCAAACGAACAAGAGACGGGACCACAUACUUGUCCAUGUUGGAUCGCAUGUCGAGCAUCGUCCCUUCCAGUGCGACGAAUGCGGAAUGAGGUUCCUCCGGAAGAACGAAUGUAAGCGACAUAUGUCUAGCCAUGUCGGCUUGAAGCCGUAUACCUGCUCCAUCUGCGCACCAUACCAAGAGAAGAGUUUUGUUCGCCAGGAUCUACUCAAGAGGCAC